AUGUCGCUGUCCGCGUGUCUGCUAUUGUUUACCUUGGACCUGUGUCUGGGUGUAGACCUGACAUACUACGUUGAUGAGGGAAUGAAUCCGGGUACCCUAGUAGGAGACAUUGCUGAUGACUCCCAUGUCAAAGACAGUGUCUCUCCCAACGAUCACUCGCUCAUCACCUUCAGUCAACUUCAACACGGAAAACUCAACAGCGACCAGCUUUUCCGUGUGUCCAAGAAAACCGGAAAACUGUACACCACCCGGACACUAGAUGCCGAUACGAUGUGCGAAUACAAUGAGGAGUGUUUCAAAACCGUCGAUGUGGCUGUGAAGAAGGCGACGUCUUUCAUCAAGAUACUGGAAAUCAAAGUCAUUAUUCGAGAUGUCAAUGACCAUCCGCCCGAAUUCCCAGACAAGAAAGUCACGAUUCACUUUUCAGAACGAGACGGCAAGGGCACAAAGAUCUCGAUCCCCAACGCCAUUGAUAAGGACGUCGGCGCGCUCAAUUCACAGAUCAACUAUCAGUUAAAUGAAAAUACCUAUGAGCCGUUCACACUGUCCAUUUCUAACAGGGUCAACGGAAAAUCAAAACUAGCCAUUCGUCUUGAAGAGAGACUUGACAGAGAAGUCAAGGAUUCUUAUAUUAUCCAAGUUAUUGCCGAGGAUCGAGGUUCGCCGCCGAAACAGAGCAUUUUGGAUGUACAUAUCAUCGUUAAAGACGAAAAUGAUAAUUCCCCAACUUUCAGUCAGAAUAUGUUCAAUGUUUCUGUCAAGAAUGAGAAUUACGGAUCGGCUCCAAUGCUCAUAUUAUCCGCCGCGGAUUUGGAUUCCGGAAAGAACGGAAAGGUCAUGUAUCACUUUAGCCGUGACACGUCCAGCGUGGCCAAGAAUCAUUUUCAAAUAAACAGAGAAACCGGAGAAAUUUACCUGCAGAAAAAGUUUGCAGCUGGCCAGAAGAUGACUUAUAAGUUGUACGUAGAAGCAACAGACGGGGGCAACCCUCCGCUCAGUUCCAUUGCUAUGGUUCUUGUCAAUGUAAUCAACCAGCAGAACAAUGCACCGACCAUUGAUGUUAACUUCAUCUCAGCCUCUUCAGGGAACACAGUUACAAUAUCCGAAGAUAUUAAAGUUGGUAGUUUUAUUGCUUUCAUGAAGGUCACUGAUCACGAUGCCGGACAAAAUGGCGAAGUAAACUGCAUACUACACCAUGAAAAGUUUCAGUUACAAAACUUAGGAAUCAAGAAGUAUAAAAUAAGCGUAAAGAAUUCAGUAAACAGGGAAUCCGAAGAUCAUUACGAGGUUACAAUAAUCUGCCAAGAUAAGGGUUCUCCUCCUUUACACAGUGAAAGCAAAUUUUCUAUCCAAGUCGUAGAUGUUAACGAUGUACAGCCUCAGUUUUCCCGUGAAGCAUUUCACUUUGUCGUUCACGAAAACCAAGAAUCCGAAUUCCCGAUCGGUUCCAUUCAUGCCACCGACCCAGAUCUGGGACCCAGAGGUAAACUCAGCUAUUCGUUACUCUCCCACGGCAAACAGAUCUUACCUUUUGUGAUAUCGGAUGAAGGAUUGAUCUUAACGUCCGAAUCGCUUGACCACGAAUUUCAGGACUUUUAUAAGUUCCAAGUUUUUGUCAAAGAUAACGGUAUACCUCCCCUGAAUAACACAGUCAACGUGACGAUCGAUGUGCGAGAUAAGAACGACAACGCCCCCUAUUUUACCUUCCCCAGCGUCAACCCUUUCUCGAUGGAUAUUGUCUAUUACCCCCAUCACAACAACAACAUCACUCUAGUGAAAGCCUCCGACAGGGAUAGCCGUGAAAACGCCUUUCUCAAAUACGAGCUCAUAUCAGGCAACGAGAAACAGUUAUUCAUGAUCAACCGAUAUACAGGAUUACUCACUUUUAGCCGAGUAGUCAGCCAACACGACGCCGGCUCGUACGAACUGGAGUUUAUGGUCAAGGACAGUGGCACGCCGGUCAUGUCGGCGACGACUACGUUGUUUCUGACCCUGACCGUCAGCAAUCAGUCUUUUGAGGUAGUUAACCACAUACAUAUGAAUGCCGAUGACAUGAUCGAUCUCAACCUGACCAUUAUAAUCGUGAUGGUAGCAGUCACAAUUUCGGUGUCAUCAGUGAUUUUUAUAACACUGUGUAUUCUCCGUUGCACCGACCAAAGAAACGUGUUGGGAGCUCGUGGCGGUCAUCUAGCAGGGAAGUGUGUAGCUGAAAAGCAGCACUUGACCACGAGGGGUAGCAUUCCUGUCGCUCUAACGACAGAUACCGGAUUGACUCGAAGCCCUCAACUAGCAGGAAGCCGAAUUGAACCUCACUCGAGUGACAUGUCUUGCAACCAGCUUAAAGGUUCAAUAACGGAUAUAAACAAACUUGGACAUCAGUGGAUAAAUCAACACUGUGGACAAGUAGUCGAUGGCACAGGUCAGGUAAGUGUUGGAACCAUGGCUUCAACAUUUUUUUUAUUUUCUUAA